GCUGGGGCAGCGCGGCGGGUCUUCGCUUCCUCAAGGCGGGCGGGGCGAAAGUCAACCCCGGCCCCAGGGAAGGGGCGGGCCGGGUUCCGCCGGCCUCACCUCGCCCGGGCGACGUCUCCAUUUUGCUUCGCUGAGCUGCGUUAGCGGGGAUUGUCGGCCGCGCCUCAGAAUGUCGUACCCAGGAUAUCCCCCUUCAGGUUACCCUGCUUUCCCUGGCUAUCCUCCUACAGGGCAAGAGUCUACUUACCCACCUGCUGGUCAAUAUACUUACCCUGCUGCUCCUGGAGGCUUCCCACCUAUGGGAGGUGGUGCAUAUCCUGCUGCUCCGCCAGCUGGUGGCUUCCCAGGGGCUACAGGAUACCCACCCGCACCUGGUGGGUACCCCCCUGCGCCUGCUGGAUACCCUGGGGCUCCUCAGCCUGGUGGGAUGCCAACUUAUCCUGGAGGUGCUGGGUUUGGAGUACCUUCAAAUGGUUCUGGCUAUGGCUAUCCGCAGCCUCCAACCCAAAAUUAUAUGGGAGGUGGACCAGCACAAGUACCAGCUGGGUAUCCAGGUGGACCAACUCCAACACCACCUCAGCCUGCAGCCAUGACUCAACAUAUGCAAGGCACAAUUCGACCGGCUCCGAACUUUGAUGCAGGGCGGGAUGCAGAAAUUCUGCGCAAGGCUAUGAAAGGGUUUGGAACGGAUGAACAGGCAAUCAUUGAUGUUGUGUCCAACCGCUCCAAUAGUCAGAGACAGCAAAUUAAGGCUGCUUUCAAGACCAUGUAUGGCAAGGAUUUAAUUAAAGACCUGAAGUCGGAGCUAAGUGGAAAUAUGGAAGAGCUGAUCCUUGCAUUGUUCAUGCCAAGUACUUACUAUGAUGCUUGGAGUUUGCGGCAUGCCAUGAAGGGUGCAGGCACACAGGAGAAUGUGCUGAUUGAGAUUCUGUGCACAAGGACAAACCAGGAGAUUCGAGAAAUUGUCAGAUGUUACAACAGUGAAUUUGGAAGAGAUAUCGAGCAUGAUAUUCGGUCCGAUACGUCAGGACACUUUGAACGAUUACUUGUAUCUAUGUGCCAGGGUAAUCGGGAUGAGAAUCAAACUGUAGAUUACCAAAAGGCUCAACAAGAUGCUCAGCGCCUUUUCCAAGCUGGUGAAGGGAAGCUGGGGACUGAUGAGUCUGCCUUCAAUAUGGUCCUGGCAACUAGAAGCUUUCCCCAGCUGAAAGCCACAAUUGAAGCCUACUCUCAGGUUGCUAACCGAGAUUUAUUAAGCAGCAUUGGCCGGGAGUUUUCAGGAAAUGUAGAACGUGGUUUGAAGGCUAUCGUGCAAUGUGCUCUGAAUCGCCCAGCCUUUUUUGCAGAGAGGCUUUAUCAUUCCAUGAAAGGAGCCGGCACAGAUGACUCUACCUUGGUUCGAAUUGUAGUCACUCGCAGCGAGAUUGAUCUUGCACAAAUCAAACAGAUGUUCACCCAGAUGUAUCAGAAGACUUUGGGCACAAUGAUACAAAGUGACACAAGUGGAGAUUACAGGCGUCUGCUCUUGGCCCUUGUUGGUCAAUAGACCACGCUGAAACAAAGAAAAUGGAAAAUGAGCUGCUUGGGCAAAUGACUAUCAUUGCAUAUAAGAGCAUAAGUUAUCCUAGACUUCUAUGCUUCUAAUGGAUGGUUUAUUUUGCACAUAUAAUUGCCUUAAUUUCGCACAUCAUGUACUUUACAAUAUAAAAUAAGACACCUGCUGUCU